CAUUUCAGUCCACCGCAGACUCUCGGUCACGUACACAGCACGUACACUCCUGCUGCUGUUUCCGCCUGUGUUUUCUGUGUUUUUUAAUCCAAAAUCAUGGCCUCACGUCUGCUGCUUCGAGCCUGUGUCCAAUCCACGCAGCACCUGAAAAAUAAUGCCGCUAUCAGACCAUUGCAACGCGCGUUUGCAGCAACAGUCAAAGGAAUACCCAGUGAUGAGGAACAGGCUACUGGGCUGGAGAGAAGGGCCCUGCAGUCUCUGAAACGCGGAAAGGACCCCUACAGUAUCCUGAAGCCCAAAACCUAUGCUGGAACCAAAGAGGACCCCCACAUUGUGCCAAGCAUCAAUAACAAAAGGAUUGUCGGCUGUCUUUGUGAGGAGGACAACACCGCCAUUGUGUGGUUCUGGGUUCAUGAAGGAGAAAUGGCGCGCUGUCCCUCGUGUGGCUCUCAUUACAAACUGGUGCCUCAUGAACUGCCGCACUAAACCGCCCCCUGUUGGCCUUAUUCUACAACGACUGCACUUCAAUGUCCACUGUACAGUUUGUCAAUAAAUAAUAGUUGAAUUAAA